AUGUCAGGCUAUUUCUCCGGUUUUUCAUUUAACAAGAUCACAGAUUCGAUCAGCAAUGCUGCUCAUAAGACGCAGGAUACUUUAAAUAAUGCUAUUGCUAAUGUCAGUGAUCCCCACACUAAGUUGUCUCUGAAAGCUCGCACAAGAUACCUACAGGAGUCUUUUGGGACUGUUGGGGAGAUUAGUAAAUUGCCACCGCAAUAUCAAUCUCUGGAAAGAAAAGUUGACGCUCUUGAGAAAUGCCUGAAGAGAAUGUUGUUGGUCACUAGGACCUUCGAGAUUGAAGGUUACGAUUAUCCACCAAAUUUGACUGAAUCGAUCUCCGAUUGGUGGUCACUGAAUAAGGACGGAUGGUUCAGUUCUUCGUCCAAGAAAUCUCAAAAGACCAAGGUUGAUGCAUCUGACGCGUUCCUGCCUCAUUCCUUCGCUCAUGCCAUCAGUAAGGCUGCUCAUGACUGUAACGUGGUGUUCAAAGAUUUGCAAGAGGAAGAAGAGGGUGAAGAAGAAGACGAGGAUGUGGUCAACAUAACUGAGAUGUUUGAUUCUUGGUCGAAGUGCUACAAGAACAUCGACCUGGGUAAAUCUGAAAUGGAUUCGAUAAUUGUUAAGGAGUUUAACAAUAAAAUUGAGAAGCUUAUCAAUCAAGACUUCAAAAGAGCCCAUGAUUUACGUAAGAAAGUUGAAAAUUCACGACUAAAAUUUGACACGGUCCGCUAUGAGAUGAAAUUGAAGGAAGAGAAGGUCGGCUUGUCGACCAAAACUAAGGACUCAAGCGGUGCUGAGACGGAUUUGAAAACAGAUGAUGCUGCGACAGCGAAGAUUAACAUCGAAGAAGCUGCCGCGGAAGAUAAAUCGGAAAAGGCCGCUGGAGACAAUGCUGCCAAUGAAACUGGUGACGCUGCGCCUGAAGCCGAGGCCACGUUGGACACUGAGCAUGCUGCCAACAUCGAGGACGCCAAACUAUUGGAAGAACUUGAGGAUGAAUUUGUCUCCAAUACAACGGCUGCCGUCGAGGCCAUGGGUGAAAUUAGCGAAUGUUCGGAGAUUCUCAGUCUGGCUAAACUGUUCCAAAAUUUCCAGCUCGUCUACUACAGACAAUGUGUGCAGGAAAUCGAGGCAAGUUUGAAGACACUGAGUGGACUUGAAGGUGAAAAUAGCUAG